AUGUCACUGUCAAAAAGCGCGCGCGCGAAAGCGAAGCCGACCACAACUCGAGCGCGCCCUCGUACUUUUCACGGCGUACAGUGCGCAGGCGUCGUCAACGCGUACUGUCAAAUCGGGCUCCGACGCCCGAAUGCAUUGCUGCAGGCGGCCCACCACCGCUCCAUUGCUUCGGAGGCGGCUGAAGACGUCACGGCUUUCCUGCGCAAAGGCGCGGAUAAUGGCGUUGCGACAUCGCCCACGCUGUUUGCUCGGCGAAUUCCGCCGCGGUGUCGCGGGAGCGAGCGACGUCUACAAUUAAGUAAUAAGUACAUUAACUUGUGUAAAUGCAUG